AUCCGAAGACUGCCCUUCAAGAUUACAGUUAAAGGAUUUCAAGAUCAGGUUCAGAUAAGGGUUAACCAAUACAUCCGGUUGCACCUCUCUAUUGAUGGCCGCAAGAUCUAUAACUGCCUAUUCGUUAUUAUAGAUUUAGGAUCACAGGAUUGUAUCAUUGGUAUUAAGUGGCUGCGCCGAUUCCAGCUUCAAUUAGAUACGAUUCGGAACCGAAUCGUAUGGCCAGCCAAGUACCCAGCAACUUAUGAUCCUGCCCCACCUAUCCUAGUGCAGUUAAAACAACCAGCUGUUGACACCGAGGUUGCGAAGGAUAUCGAGAGACGC